CCUUUACUGUUCUUUUCAUUCUCAAGAACAACUUUUCGAUUAGGCUAUGCUCAGAGUUUCAAUAUCUCUAUAAUAUAUAUAUAUGUGUGUGUGGGCAUCUCAAAGGAGUUUGUUUUUAUCAUUAUGCCUAAACUGUUACCAUUUGUGUAAUGUUCUGUUCUUGUACAAUGCAACUCACAAUUUUGGGAAUGUGGUUAUUGAUAUUAUUUUUUUAUUCUCUCUCUGGCUGGUUGUGACUGAGGAUGGAAAAAAAGAUCUUGGCAGACAGGAUAUUGAGGAGGUUCCAUGUUCUGGUUCUUCUAGAAUGGAGUUGAAGCGGAGUCAUCAGUGGCUGACAGAAGAGUCUGGCUCUGAACUAUUCAGUAGCAAGCGGCAGGUGGUGGAGAUUGAUGGUUCUUGCCAGGGUUUGUUAACUCCACACUUGACAUGGGAGAGUUCUCUUGUGCCUAGACAGUUAACUGAUUGCUUAUUUGAUCCUGCUAAUGCGCAGCAUUCAUCAGAUCUCCUUGGCAGAAAUAUUUCUCCUAUAGAUGGUCAAUAUAUUGAGUCUGUUGCAUCAAUUGGUUUUCCAGUGGUUCAUGGUAGCUCAUUUGAUCUUGACGCCGUUAGGAAGGUUAGAGUCAAUGAAGUGUGUGAACCUGGAAACAUACCCGAAUCCAUGGUUCAGUUUUAUGGUGAAGGAACUUCAAGAUCGUUUAGAAUGGGUCCUUCAUAUGAUAGCACGCUCUCCUAUGGCCAAACCUGCAGUAAUAUUGACAACAGCUUCAUCUUGCCAGGGCCAUUGGCGGAUGGAAACUUCAGUUAUGGCAAAGGAGAUGAAAAUGUCUUCUCAACAUUUCAACCAUUUGAGAAAGGAGUAGAAAACUUUGCAUCGAUGGGUCAGUCUCUAUACACGGAAGGCAAUGAGAUGGCAUUUAUGGUCUCAAGCCAAGACAGAAGAGACCGAAACAAUGACCGAGUUAGUCACGAGGAUAGAUGCAAGACCAUAUCUUUCGGAGAUUAUCAGAGAGAAUCCACAACGAGUUCGCCAGUUCUUGUUAUUAACAGUUAUGAGAACUUCAGCCAUGUUCAUAUGGAAGGAGAGGAAAACAUGUCUUUCGAAUUUAGAAGUCCACCCUAUGCUUCCCCUGGAGCUGAUACCUUGCUCGUGCCCAAAAGUAAAGACUCAAAGACAGCUAAGAAGGGCUCCACAAACACAUUUCCUUCAAAUGUGAAGUCCUUGCUGUCAACAGGAAUGCUUGAUGGGGUUACUGUGAAGUACUACUCGUGGUCACGUGAGAAAAAUCUCAAAGGAGUUAUAAGGGGGACUGGGUACCUAUGUGGUUGUGGCGACUGUAACCUUAAUAAAGUUCUUAAUGCGUAUGAAUUCGAGCAGCAUGCUAAUUGCAAGACAAAGCACCCAAACAACCACAUAUACUUUGAGAACGGAAAGACCAUUUAUGGCGUUGUUCAAGAGCUGAAGAACACACCUCAGGAGAAGUUGUUCGAUGCUAUUCAAAAUGUAACAGGAUCUGUUAUCAACCAUAAAAACUUCAACACCUGGAAAGCUUCAUAUCAAGUUGCCAGCCUUGAGCUUCAGCGGAUCCAUGGGAAGGAUGCUGUCACUUUGGCUUCUUGAGAAGACUAAUUAUCAAGCUGGUAGGCUUUUCGUUCUUGUUCUCUGUAACUAUAGCUUCUAAUAAUGAAUCAGAACCAUGAACUGCUAUGAUACCCUUGUCUGAUGAGUCUAGUUCCCUUACUGAAGUAUCUAAACUUCUGCUA